AACGUAUUAGUUGAGUGGAAAACGUGAGCGUGUUUGGAACGUGUCAGUCUAACUAGUGGCUAACUAAGCAUUGCAUAAAAGUUCUAAAUUUAUAGAAAAUUAUUUGGUGAUUUUUCUGUCGGCAAAAUUAGCCGUGAAUUAACGUAAAAAACAAAAAUAAUAAUUACAGUGAAUACGUAUAGGUAAAUUUGGGUUGAGAAAGCUAGUUAGAAGUUAUUGAUUAUAAGCGUCAUGAGCGUAAAGAAGCGGUGCACUGUAUGUACAUAACGCGCGGUUAAAGUGUAUCUAUACGAACUUUCGACAGUGGAUUUGUAUCGGAAAAUUUGCAUCUACAAAAAAUAAGUGUGCGCAAAGAUAAAAUAGCUAAGAAUUGAAAAAUAAGCAAGAAAGUAAAAUUUUUGGAAAACAAAAGCAAAUAUUCUAAAUACUAAAAAAUUAAUUGAAUUGCGUAAAAUUAUUUUAAUUUUUUUAUCUAUUGUAAAAUAUCAAAAGUGUAUCGGAAAAAGUCGACUCAAACAGCAUCUUUUACAUUUGCAGGAUAAUUGAAAGCCGUUUGUAGAAAACUCGCACGUCCAAAAAGAUAAAUUUCCAAAAACAUGGCGACAAGUCCAAAACCCGUCAAGAAGGUGCCCAUCCACCUUCAGAGCUCCCAGAACCGCGUCUAUAUCAAGAAUGGACACAUCGUCAACCACGACAAGUCAUUUAAGGCCGAUAUUUACAUUGAGGAUGGCAUAAUUAAAUUUGUUGGAUCCGCAUCCGAUAUCGUUGUGCCCGGCGGCGUACGCAUUGUGGAUGCUGCAAACAAAUUGGUGCUGCCCGGUGGCAUUGAUCCACACACUCACAUGCAGCUGAAAUUCGGCGGUUGCGUCGCUGUAGACGAUUUCUAUCAUGGCACCAAAGCGGCCGUAGCUGGCGGCACCACCACUAUCAUUGAUUUCGUGCUGCCCGACAAGGGUGAAUCGCUCGUUGAAGCCUACGACAAAUGGCGUGCUUGGGCUGAUCCCAAGGUCUGCUGUGAUUAUGCGCUCCAUGUGGGCAUCACUUGGUGGUCGAAAUCUGUGUCUGAAGAAAUGAAAAUCAUGUGCGAAGAGCUGGGCGUCAAUUCUUUCAAAAUGUUCAUGGCUUACAAGGGUCUGUAUCAGUUGAAUGAUUCGGAGCUUUUGGAGGCUUUCGAGCGCAUACGAGCGUUAAAUGGUGUUGCACAGGUGCAUGCUGAGAAUGGCGAUAUUAUUGCUAAGAAUGUGCAGAAAUUACUGGCUGCUGGCGUUACUGGUCCAGAGGGUCAUGAGCUCUCGCGGCAGGAAGAAGUAGAGGCUGAGGCAGUCAACCGAGCCUGUAUACUGGCACAUCAGGUCGAUUGUCCGUUAUACGUAGUGCAUGUAAUGAGUAAAUCGGCGGGCAUUGAGGUGGCGCGUGCGCGCAGACGCUACAAAAAUACCGUCAUCUAUGGCGAAACCUUGGCUGCGGCGCUCGGCACCGACGGCACCAACUACUGGCACGAAUGUUUCCAACAUGCAGCGGGUCACGUGCUCAGUCCACCACUACGUCCCGAUCCAACGACGCCCGCCUUUAUGAUGAACCUAUUGGCGAACGAUGAUCUGCAGACAACCGGCAGCGACAAUUGCACCUUCAACAAGGAGCACAAGGAGUUAGGCAAAGGCAACUUCACCAAAAUACCGAACGGUGUCAACGGCGUCGAGGAUCGCAUGUCUGUUGUUUGGGAGAAAGGUGUGCAUGCUGGCCUAUUGGAUCCCUGCCGCUUCGUUGCCGUCACCAGCACCAAUGCCGCCAAAAUAUUCAAUCUUUAUCCACAAAAAGGACGCAUCGCCGUGGGCUCGGAUGCUGACAUUGUCAUUUGGAAUCCAAAUGCUACACGCACCAUUUCCAAGGAGACGCAUCAUCAUGCUUGCGAUUUCAACAUUUUCGAGGGCAUGGUAUGCCAUGGUGUGCCCGAAAUGGUUUUGGUGCGCGGACGCAUUUGCGUCGAAGACGGCAGCGUACGCGUCGCCGAAGGUUAUGGGCGUUUCGUUAAUACACCAACACGUCCGCCAUAUCUCUACGAUGUGUUGGAGGGUAAGAUUGCAGCCAACGAAGAGCACAAUGGCGAAGAGCAUGAAGAGCAAUUGAAUAACGGUUUGAAGAAAUUGGAUUUGGGCGCUUUGGAAAUCGAAAUACCGUAUCAGGAGCCCAUCUCACGCACAUUGCUCUCCAUGCCGGGUGCUGGCGGUUCCGUAGCCAGUACACCAUCGGGCCGUGGACGCGUCGAAGGUACACGUAACAUGCAAGAAUCAACGUUUUCCGUUAGCGGUAAGCAAUCAGGCUUAGUUAAUUCAAAUGAGGAGCUGGAUAAAUCUGGCAAUCGCUCGUGUAUUCGUGUCAGGAAUCCACCAGGCGGCAAGUCUUCGGGUUUCUGGUAAAUCAAUGCAACCAUGCGCAGUCAUCACACACCGGCAUCAAAUCGCACAAUUCGAUACAUCCAUACAUACAGACAUACUUACAAACAUAGUUAAGUAACUGUAAGAGAUUUGCGAAAUGGCUAAAUGCCUACAUACAUACUUAUAUACAGAUAUGUAUAUAUUGUUUUUGUUUGUAAGCAGAAUGUGGUUUAUUGCAACAACAUAACACACACACACACAUACUUACACAUAUAAAAAUCGCAAAAGACGUGUUCCCAAAAUUACAUCAAUCAAAAGUGUGAAUGGAGAAGCUACCAAACCAAAUCUACCAAAUCUUUGUACUACGCAUAAAACAUGAACGAAUAGCAAAUGAAGUUUAUAAAUAUCUAAAUUUAAUUAUACAACAGUUAAUUCAUAUAAUCAUGCAUACCUACAUACAUAUGCAAAUGUAAAUGUAUGCGCUAUGUAUGUGGACUUGUACAAGUAUAUAUGUAACCACAUCAGCGUAAACUAAAUAGUGAAUAUUAUUAAAUAUAAUUGUAAUAUCUGCUUAUUGUGCAAUCAUAUUUCAUGUGUUAGCUUAAAUUUAUAAUUAUUGUUUUCGUUUUUUUUUCAACUAUAAUAUAUUUAAAUAUUUGUUUUUGUACUUUUAACAUACAUACAUACAUAUAUAAAUUGUGAUUAAACACACAAGUGAAUUUAAAAUUAAUUUUGCCUUUACACGCCUUUCUUCAUUAAACGCACGAGCCAAAACCACCCGUCUCCUCCCCAUCGUGAGUAGCUAUGUACAUACAUACAGAGAACGGGUCUUGGCGACGCGUGUCCCCCACAUAUUUUCCUAAGUGACUUAUAAACAUAAAUAUGUAGAUGCACUUUUCUCCUUCCGUUGGACACAUUUACAAGCAAAUAUACUUACAAAAUGAGGAAGCGAUUAUUUGUAGAUCGUUCACUUGCAUGAUUAGCGUAAAUUUGUAAGACGAUUUCUACCUAAUUUUUAUUCAUAUUGAAAUAAUAAUAAUAAUUAUAAUAUAAAAUACAAAUUAACAUUUAAUAAAACAUCAACGUUGUAUGCUAAAAUUCA